CAGACAGAGCAGAAUAGAUCUACAAACAGAAUGGCCAGAACCUUCCUACAAGCUCUACUGCUCUAUGGAUUGACUUUGGUUUCUCAGUCUCAGACUAUGGAGGUCCGUACUGGGGAUACCAUCACCUUGCAGUGCUCCAAUGUUACAACGGCUGUGGGACAUACAGCAUGGUUCAAGCAAGUCAACGGAUCAGAGCCUGUGUGUAUCUCGUCUAUGUACGGCUUUAAUUCAACACCUCAUCUCCACAAUGGUUUUCAAAGGAGACAUUUUGAAAUGUUCAGCAACCACACCACUAUCUUUCUGAAAAUUACAGAAGUGGAAAUAGCUGACUGUGGUCUGUAUUUCUGUGGACUGUAUCCACAUAGCCACAUGUUCUUUGUCAACGCAACAUAUCUAAAAACUAAAGGAGAGUGUAAUGGAACAAUCAGUCCAGUAGGAGAGGGUGAUGACAUACACCUAGGAGAGGAUGAUGAUGGAACCAUGUACCUCCUUCCCCUGGUUGUGAUCCUGGGUGUUGUGACUGCUGUUCUACUGAUAGUCAUCCUCAUCCUGGUCCUCAAGAUCAGACGAGACUCAAAAACACACAGCACAGAUAUCGGGGCUCAACUGCAGCCACAAAAUAGCCAGGAUCCGGAUCAGGACCCAGACUCUCUGAACUACGCAGCACUGAGUUUCCGUCAGAAGAGGUCCAGAAAUAAGAAGACACCUAAAGGUCAAAUGAUGGAGAUGGAGCCACAUGUUGUUUAUGCUGCCACAAGAUAAUGUCAAAUGUUUUAAGGUUGAUAUCAGUGUAGCACUGAUGAAGAACGAAUAUAAUCUUUAGAAUACUUUUUCCCCCUUGUAAUAUAGAAUUUACUGAUUGUUGUUGUGGUGCUCUGUACCCCAAUAGAGCUCGCCAGCUUUUAGUCCUAAAAACAGAAAUGAGUUAGCCAUGGCUCGUUGGUCAAAGCCUAUGGGGAAAUGAAUGGGGUUUUUGGAGAGUUUUUGGAUAAACAACGACAAUAAGGUCUGAGGUUAACACAGGCUUAGGAGAUCUUAUAUGUUUUGUUCAGUCAGUUAACAUGACCUUUAUGAAUUACGAAGCCUUUAUGUGCUUUUUUGGUUACAUAAAUGCUUCAAAAUUCUUAAAGUGACGUAAACUAAUGAAGAUGAUCUCACAGAACAAAACGUAUAAGAUUUCCUAAACCUGUGUUAACCACAGACCUUAUUUGCAGCGUUUAUCCAAAAAAACUUACCAAACCCCAUUAAUUUCCCCAUAAACUUUGACCAACGAUCCACGGCGGAGUUAGCCUCCGUUAGUGACUUCAAAAAAGACGCCAUUACUAUUGCUUUCUAUUCCAAGUACUCAAAAAUCCUCUUGAGACAGCAGCUAUGGUUGGGGCUAGUGGUGCUGCUACCGUGUUGGGGUGCUGGCAUGUUGGGUAUCGCUACCGUGUUGUCGUCAUGUUGUGUUGCUACCACGCUGUGUUGUUGUCUUAAGUCUAUCUUUAUGUAGUGUUGUGGUGUCUCUCUUGUCAUGAUGUGUGUUUUGUCCUACAUUCAUUUUUAAUCCCAGCCCUCGUCCCCGCAGGAGGCCUUUUGCCUCUUGGUAGGCCGUCAUUGUAAAUAAGAAUUUGUUCUUAACUGACUUGCCUAGUUAAAUAAAGUUUAAUAUAUAUAUAUUAUUUUUUCUUUUAAAUAGAGGAGGGGAGCAUCACUUCCUGUGGUGUGAGUGACAGAAAGUAGCAGCUCAGUGUAGAGUGAGACCAGCUGAGGUGAACAUCGCUGGGUCUCUUAUAGUCUUGACAGAAAGAUAGCAAUCCAUCUUAAAAACAAUUAUUUAGAAUUGAUUCCUAAACUUUUACCAUCUUUUGAAAUUAAAGAUGACAUAGACAUGGGUGAAUAUCUCUAAUUCUGUAUAAAUACGAUUUAGGAUGCAAACUGCAACAAAACUGGGUCCCCUUUGACCAAACACAUAAUACUUGUAAAGUAUC